AUGGCGAAGUAUAUGCACAGAAAAUUCUUUGUAAAAUGUGCUUACAUGGCUGUAGUCUGUAGUGUUUGUUCUUUUAUCAUGGAGUUGGUAUGUAAGCCUAGAGUAGUACAUCCAGUCUACCCUCAACAACAGAUUCCAUUAGCAUUGGAGAUGAACCUCGCACCACCAUCAUUACGCGCAUGUGCGCAAAAGGAGGCAGACAUCCAAUUAAUGUGGCGAGUACACUUUGCUAUGAAAUUGAGACCUGAGGGGACUAACCCACUAGACCUAAACAACUUCCCUGAGGAUUUAAGUAGAAUCGAUGGAAAUCAGGCUUCUGAGGAGACUUCUCCGGAAACCACCACUGAAUCAACUAGGUUUAUUAGGAAAAAGAAAAGUAGCAGUAAUGGAAAGCAAGAUGGAAAAGAUGACGAGAGUGGUAAAGUUUAUGAGUGUAGGUUUUGUUCUCUCAAGUUCUGCAAAUCCCAAGCUCUUGGUGGCCACAUGAAUCGCCAUCGCCAAGAGAGAGAGACAGAGCAACUAAAUCGAGCUCGGCAGCUAGUUUUCAGUAAUGAUCCCCUAGCCGCACAAGGGUGCACUCAUAUAGGGUUGAGAGAUCCAAACUUAAAUAGCGAGAACAGAUCAAUAAUGCCAGCGGUUAACUUUCAUCAUCAAGGUGGUGGUGGUGCUGGAGGAGACCCAUCUCAGCAACAAUUCAGAUCUAUCUACCCAGCAAGACUAUUUUCUGGGUCGUCAUCGACAGUCCUACAGUCACAACCACCAUCACAUCAACAGUACAUAUAUUCAACUUCACCGUCGUCUCGUCUACCAUCUUAUCUUUCACAAUACCCACCGCAUCAUCUAAUGAACGAUUACUUCAUUAAUGGAGUUGCUGAAUCCAAUUACACUUGUAUUGGUGCUCCUUUAGGUCAUGUUUUCCCACAUGAUGCCGAUAGAACUAGCCGGGUGUUACCGCUAUCUGGAACUACAACAGCAACAACUACUACUACUAUAGGUAGAGGAGGUAUAGAAGGAUCGCUAAUGCAAAGUGGUCAUGAAGAUGGGCUACUCUGGGGACCUAGCACUUACGCAAGAACACAACAACAACAACAUUGAUUCUCUUUCGAUCAAUCGGUUUCAAGAUGCAUGGGUUAAGAUUUUGUAAUAUCAUGAAUGAGUAGAGUAGCAAUCUAGUAAACCAGCUUUGUCCCGUCGUUCUCAAACUGAAUUAACGUUUACGUAUAA